GUAAGAAUUGUCUGUGACCGUUGUUACUGUUGCUCUGUUGCUGCGUGUGUCUCUUUGUCCCCUUGUAACUGUGAUGGUCUCUUGGCUUCCAUUUUUUUGCCCUGUAUCAUUCUCUCCAUAUGGGUUUCCCUGAUCUUGGCUCCAUCUGCUCAGACUUCCUCUUCAAAUUCCUGGUGAUUGGCAGUGCAGGAACUGGCAAAUCAUGUCUCCUUCAUCAGUUCAUUGAGAAUAAGUUCAAACAGGACUCCAACCACACAAUCGGCGUGGAGUUUGGAUCUCGGGUGGUCAACGUGGGUGGAAAGACUGUGAAGCUCCAGAUUUGGGACACAGCCGGCCAGGAGCGGUUUCGGUCGGUGACGCGGAGUUACUACCGAGGGGCGGCUGGAGCCCUGUUGGUGUAUGACAUCACCAGCCGGGAGACAUACAACUCGCUGGCCGCUUGGCUGACAGAUGCCCGCACGCUGGCCAGCCCCAACAUCGUGGUCAUCCUCUGUGGCAACAAGAAAGACCUGGACCCGGAGCGCGAGGUCACUUUCCUGGAGGCCUCUCGCUUUGCCCAGGAGAACGAGCUAAUGUUCCUGGAGACUAGCGCCCUCACGGGUGAGAACGUGGAAGAGGCUUUCCUGAAGUGUGCCCGCACCAUCCUGAACAAGAUCGACUCAGGCGAGCUCGACCCCGAGAGGAUGGGCUCGGGCAUUCAGUACGGGGAUGCCUCCCUUCGCCAGCUGCGGCAGCCUCGGAGCGCCCAGGCCGUCGCCCCUCAGCCAUGUGGCUGCUGAGAUGUGCACGGAGCCAGCUCAUCCGUUCUCCAGGACCAGCCCUGCCCUUCGGGCCGGGGCCCAGACCCAGGCCCUGGGAGGCCGAGCCCCUCACCUGUCCUGGCCCCAGAGAAGCUGCCCCGCCACCUGUCCCCCUUCCCUGGCCUGGUGGGGCCUGGCUGAGGGGCAAGACUGAGCCACGGGGGAAGGGGGAAUCCGUACCUGCUGCUGCUUCCUCUGUCUUGGCUAAUCCCCAUCCCCCCAGAACCCCUAACCAUACUCGAAGAGUUCCCAAAGCCUGAGACCAGGGCAUUUGGCCCCAGCUCCCCGCCAUUGCGAGUACGUGUUAUUUAUUGCCUGGAGGCCUGUCCAGUCCCCACCACCCCCAUAAAGCAUUGUUUACACCUGUG